AUGACGCUUGUAUCAAUUUUGUGUUUUGUGGCAGUAGCCUUUUCGGCAGUGUCCGCCCGUCCACAAGUUCUUUACCAAACUCCAUACAUUGCGAGCCCUUACCUCGCUACUCCUUACGUCGCAGGAGGGCACUUGAGCACCCAGUAUCAUUCACAAGACGAUUUUGGACAAUAUGCAUACGGUUACAACAACGGUUUUGACUCAAAGACCGAACAUCGCUCUCUAGACGGAGUGACACGUGGAUCCUAUUCCUAUGUCGACCCUGAAGGAAAACUCCAAAGCGUACAUUACACCGCCGACGCAGUUAACGGAUUCCGUGUGGCUGCCACCAAUUUGCCUGAGGAUUCCGGUUCCGUCCCAUCUGCAGUUGAAUAUACACCAGAAGUUGCUCAAGCUAGAGCUGAACAUUUAAAAGCUGUCGAGCAGGCCAAAGCAGGUUAUGUAGCCCCAAUUUCUGGAGAUGUCCCAACUCAAGUGGAAGACACACCUGAAGUAGUCGAGGCAAGAUCUGCUCAUUUGAAAGAAGUCGAAAAAGCUAAAUUAUUAGUUUUUGUUAAUCAGCCUAAACCUACAUCCGGAAAAUAUGUAGCUCCUUAUACUCCCGCUUUUCCUUUUUCAUAUGUAACAUCUUACGGAACAUAUGUUCGCGGAUCCCCACCACCCAUUCCCCACCUACACUGGAUUCUUGCUUUACAAAAACAAUGA